GGAGAUGACGUGCAUUCCCAAGGAGCAAUUCCUUGCCAGGGUGAAACGUUUGACCGAUGACUGGCCCUUCGGUUCGGCGGAUGCUCUGCUGCUGGUGGCAGGGGUCCAGCGAAAGGAUCAGCACGAAGAGGAGCAUCUGGCAGAUGGAGUGUGGCCUCAGACGCCGAUGAUGCAGAUGUGGCUUUUCAGUUUGGAAUUUCCUGAGUGCAUUUUCGCAGUCAAGAGGACUGGUGAGAUGCUCGUGUGGACAAGGGAGAAGAAAUUGAAGUACUUCCAAGAUGUGCAGAGCCCAAACAUGAAGUACCUGUGCAGAACACAUCCUGCCAAUGCCGAGGCUGAUGCCACUCAGCUAGAAGAAUUCUUCGGCAUGGUGAAAGGUGAGGAAGACAAGCUCUCCAUGGCUGUGGUGGACGAGGAUCCCUUGGGGCCCUUUGCACAGGCUGUGGUGAAGCGAUUUACCGCCAAGGACGUCGAGGUGGUGAAUGCUCGUGCAGGCAUUCAGGAUAUCCUGCAAAAGAAAGAUGCAGAGGAGAUUGAACUCAUGAAGAGGGCGGGAAAAUUCAGUUGCGCGGCCAUGCAGGAGUGCAUCAUCAAGAAAUGGCAAGAUUGCGUUGAUGAUGAGCAGCAGAUCACCCACUCAGCUUUCUGCACUGAGCUGGAGGAGAUGUUGGAGGAUGAGGCCGAAGUCAAAGCACUUUGCAACAGAAACAAGCUGGCCAGCAACGAGAUCGAUGUGCCAGUCGUGCUACUACAAAGUGGCAAGACAUUUGACUUGGACUUUUCUGUGAAAGUCAACACAGAAAAGCUGAAUGUGUAACUCUCCCCUGCCGUUGGCGGAAGGGGCUGUGUGGAUUCUGGGGACUCACGAUUUAAUGAGAGCCUGGGUGAUCUCGCUUGGAAUCUUGAUAUGUUGGGGGACAAAUGGGACAAUCUGCAAACACAUCGCGUUGGAGAACUUUGUUCCUGAAGUCUCUUGACAUUGUAGAAUCUUGGAAGUGAGCUGCACGUGCCAAGUGUGGUAUGC